UCAAGAAAGAAAGAAACCAUGGAGGAUUCGGUGGUAGAUCCACAUGAGAAGAUGAGAGCAAGGGAUGUAGAGAAAGUGGCUACGGGCAAGCAAGCUCCACGCCCACCUCAUGACCCUGCCUCCAUCUCCCAAUCUCCUCCUCCAUCUGAUGAUACCCUCAUCAAGGUGGUAGAGUUGAAGACUGCUCCCAACGAUGUUCGUUUUCCCUGCACCAACCAAACACGCCAUUGUUAUGCACGUUACAUCGAAUACCACAAGUGUGCUAGAGCUAAGGGGGGUAAUACACCUGAGUGUGAGAAGUUUGCUAGUUACUAUAGAUCACUUUGUCCUGAAGAAUGGAUUCUGAGGUGGAACGAACAGGUUGAGCUUGGAAUCUUUCCUGGUCCUCUUUGAGAUUCUCUUCAUCAUCUCAU